GGCAGAUGCAAUGACGUUAUUUCCUGGGGGUGGCGGUGAAAGCACGGUACUGCAGACCUGUCUUCCCAAACACUGAGCUUUCGGAAUUCACAAGGAAAAAAAUAAAGACAUGGAAACGAGCGCGGAGACGUGACGGAGAAGUGUUUUCAGAUGCGGUCAGCACUAUUGCACUAAGCCGAAACCCGCUGCGUGCAUCUUCAAAAUAAGUCUUGCUGUUCGUUCACAGAUAUAUUUAUAUACAGACAUUUCUUUUUGUUUCUUCUGUCGCGUGUCUGACGGACCAUGGCGGAGAGAACCGGCCGGCUCAGUUUCCCCGGGAGCGGGGCUUUAAACAGACCCGUUCCGAUGAACCUGUUCGCUACCUGGGAAAUAGACGGGUCCUCGCCUAGUUGCAUUCCCAGGUUGUGCAGCCUGACAUUGAAGAAACUGGUGGUCAUGAAGGAGCUGGACAAGGAGCUGAUUUCGGUGGUCAUUGCUGUCAAAAUCCAGGGAUCCAAGAGAGUCUUAAGGUCUCAUGAGAUUGUGCUGCCCCCUAAUGGUGUUGUAGAGACUGACCUGGCUCUGACGUUCUCACUGCAGUACCCACACUUCCUGAAACGCGAGGGCAACAAACUCCAGAUCAUGCUUCAGCGCCGCAAGAGGUACAAAAACCGCACAAUCCUUGGCUACAAGACGCUGGCUCUGGGCUCCAUCAACAUGGCAGAGGUGAUGCAGCACCCCACCGAAGGAGGCCAGGUUCUCCCACUCUGCAGCAACCUGAAGGACACGGCCGCCAAGGUGGCUGAAAUCUGGAUCUUCUCCCUGUCCAGCCAGCCCAUCGACCACGAGGACGGCUCACUGCAGAGCGGACAGAAAAUCAAGUCCACAGACAAUUACUCUGAGGAAGAGUAUGAGAGCUUCUCCUCGGAGCAGGAUGCCAGUGACGACGCCGUGCAGGGGCAGGAUCUCGAUGAUGAUGAGUAUGAUGUGAGGAAACCCAAGAAGCAGAGGAGAUCUAUCGUGCGGACCACUUCCAUCACCAGGCAACAAAAUUUUAAGCAGCGGGUGGUAGCUCUGUUGAAGAGGUUCAGAGUGUCUGAUGAGGUGCUGGAUUCGGAGCAGGACCCGGCAGAGCCCCCUCCAGAGGUUGAGGAGGACCUGGAGAGUCUGGAGUUUGAGAACCCCAGCGACAGCGGCCCAGAGCUGGAUGACGAUGACAGUGUGCUGAGCACCCCCAAACCCAAGCUCAAGCCGUAUUUCGAAGGGCUCUCCCACUCCAGCUCUCAGACAGAAAUCGGCAGCAUCCACAGCAGUCGUAGCCACCGUGAGCCGCCCAGCCCGCAGAUGGAUGGUCCAGACAAAGCCAAAAGCUCAGAGGGCAAGUUCCAAGUUGAUGACAUCUCAGACACCGUUCCCUUUGAGCAGCCAGAAGCCACCACCCCAACCACAGAGCAGGAGCUGGACAAUAUGGACACCUUCCUGGAAAAGCUUCCCCCAAGCGGCAAGAUCACCAAGACGGAGUCGCUCAUCAUCCCCUCCAGCAGGCAGGAGGCCAAGCAGGCAGGCCGGCGAGGAAGAAGCACUUCCCUCAAAGAGAGACAGCCAGUGAGGCAACAGAACGAAAGAGCCAACAGCUUGGAUAAUGAGCGAUCUCCAGACACCAGGUGCCAGUUGCAGAUCCCCCGGAAAACUGUCUACGACCAGCUCAACCAUAUCCUUGUGUCUGACGACCAGCUGCCUGACAACAUCAUCCUCAUCAACACGUCGGACUGGCAGGGCCAGUACCUGUCGGAGAUGCUGCAGAACCACCAGCUGCCCAUCGUCUGCACCUGCUCCAAUGCCGACAUCCAGGCUGCUUUUACCACCAUUGUCUCCCGCAUCCAGAGAUUCUGUAACUGUAACUCUCAGACGCCCAUCCCAAUCAAAAUUGCUGUGGCCGGAGCCCAGCAUUACCUCAGUGCUAUCCUGCGACUGUUUGUGGACCACCUGUCCCACAAGACCCCGGACUGGCUUGGGUACAUGAGGUUCCUGGUCAUACCCCUGGGUUCUCAUCCUGUGUCCAAGUACCUGGGAACCAUAGACUACCGCUACAACAGCCUGUUUCAGGAUGCGGCCUGGAGGGAUCUGUUCCACAAGUCCGAGGCCCCAGUCGUAGUGCAGGAUGGUCCUGACGUGGCGUUCAGGGUCACUCAGUACAUGGUGGGUGCGAAUGGAGCUCACCAGCUGCCCAUUGCGGAGGCUAUGCUCACUUACAAACAGAAGAGGAAAAAGAGCUUUCAUUUUGAUUUUGCAGUAAGCCCUGAUGAAGACUCCUGCCAGAAAUUCAUCCCAUUCAUUGGAGUUGUCAAAGUGGGGAUUGUGGAGCAGUCGUCUGCCACAUCAGGCGACUCCGAUGACGCAGCCCCCAUGUCCGCUGGCCUGCUCUCUUCCACUCCCCCUCAGGUGUCCCCAGCCCUGAAGGAGGCCUCUCCCACACCUCCCUCUUCCCCCUCCAUCAACGCCAGCUUCAGCUCCUACGGGUCCCCAGGAUCUGGGCAGGGAGAGCUGAUGGGGCUCCAGGUGGAUUACUGGGUGUCUCCGCUGGAGAGGAAGAGAGAGGUGGAGAAGAGAGACUCGUCCUCUAAAAACACCCUCAAGUGCACCUUCCGAUCACUGCAGGUCAGCCGGCUUCCACUUCCUGGGACAGAGAGCUCCCCUCAUCCCACCAUGUCUAUGACUGUGGUCACCAAGGAGAAGAACAAGAAAGUCAUGUUUCUGCCAAAAAAAACAAAGGACAAGGAGGUAGAAUCCAAGAGCCAGAUGAUUGAGGGGAUCAGCAGACUGAUCUGCACAGCCAAGCACCAGCAGACCAUGCUGAGAGUGCUUAUAGACGGUGUGGAGUGGAACGAUGUCAAGUUUUUCCAGCUGGCUGCCCAGUGGUCAUCACACGUCAAACACUUCCCCAUUGGCAUCUUUGGCCACUCAAAAGCCCCCUACUAGCACCCCCUGUAGACUCCUUACAGAACUGCAGACAGUUGACUGUGUGCCAAUAGCCUUCCCCCCCCCCCCAUAGCCAGCCUCCUUCAAUUCCUGCCUACAACCUUCUUAAUUUAUGUCUGCUUUCUUUGUUGGCGGUUUUUUUUGGCAAAGGUCUGGACAAAAAAAGACUUUAAGAAAGCAAGGCUGUCGAGGGGGAGACAUUUCUUUUCUUUAAAAAAAAAUCCCUUCAGACUUUUUCUAAACUUUAAGAGGAAAGCAUAAUGUAGUAAUUUGAAAUGAUUAACUCUGUAACAUCACACAGUACAGCCAAGUGAGGAUCGGGCCUUUGGGGUGCCUUCAGAGUUGAUACCAGUGAAUUAUUGGUUUGAAGCAUUUCACUGUGUGAUUAACAUCAUUAAAACACAUUUUUCUCUCAGUAGCCUUCAUAACCAAAUGACUUUUCCAGAAUGGGAAAAAUCCCUAGGAAGAAAUGAGUCUUUCAGCUUACAAGGCCAAAGGACUGGACAUCGAAUUGCAGAUGGAAAGUUCUGGAUCCCCCUCUUAUUGGACAGCAAGACUUUCAUAGUUAACUAAUGGAAUUGCCCACUGGGACCCCUUGUGUUCAUCUAAAGGAGAUUGUAUGUUGUGCAAUAAACUGUAUAUAAUAAAUGAAGUAGCUCCUGAAUGAAGUGACAAGUCUAAGCACACACAGAGGAUCGAGGAUCGGCCUUGCUCUAUCUCAAGAACUGAGACAGGGCUGCAAUGACAAACAGCAAUGGCAAGUGAUUUCCUUUUCAGUGUGUUGGAAAGGAAACAUUUUUCCCCUAAGUUACAACUUAAAACAGUUACAAAAUGCAUACAUAGAAACAAGUUGGUAAUAAAAUCUUUGACCUUCUAGGUGAUUUGUUAAAUUGUACUUCUUAUGAAAAACAUUUUUACCUGACCUGACGAACCUAGGGUGGCAACUGGGGUGGUGCUCCGGUUUCCUCAAAGACUCCAAAUAUAUACUGGGAGGUUCAUUGGCUUCUGGGAAAACUGCCCCAGGUGUUAGUGUGUGUCUGUGUGUGUCCUUUAGUGGACGGGUGUCCUGUCUGGGAUGUCUUGCCUUCAUGUCUCCUCUUGCCUAAGACCCUUUACUUCCCAGGAUAGCUUUCAGCUUCCCCCAUGAUAGUGGUUAGAAAAUGAGAGUAUGGAUGAAUUGUUGGAUGACAAUAUGCCAAAAAUAAAAGAAUUAAAGCUCUUGUUCUAAUAGUUAAUAUUAAUUCUAAUAAGUCCAACCCUGGUCCUGAAGCGUUUCCAUUCAGCAGGUUUUACAGGCAGCCCUUAAAUCAUCAAUUUUUGCUGACCUGAAGCAAUUUAACUGCAAUCUGUUAAACAGGUGGAACAAAAUUCAGAAUAUUAUUCUUCACUCAGAAGACCAGAAGACCUAAAUAGAUCUGCUUCAACAAGUGUUUCUCUGAUCUUUAAAUAGCAGGUAAUUUAGGGUGUCCUGUAAGGUUAACACAACUGGGGCUCUUCUUGCAAGGAGGGAUCUAUAGAUGUUUGGAACACAUUUCUCCAAAUUUAGAAUUGAAAAUCAGCCUCCUAAUAAAAGUAAGGACUCGUACAGGAAUAGUGUUUUUGUUUAGCAAGAACUGACCAAAUAAAAUGCGUAUUGGCAUUUGUUGCGAGUAUCCACCUGGAUCACCCUGGACUCUUACGGACUUGAUUUGAAACAGUUGUUCACUUCGUUGAUCUCUAUUAGCACUGUUUCUAGGUCUUUAUUCACUGAGGAUUAAAUGUUUCCUGUAAACUCUGGUGAGGUGUGGCCUUCCAGGAUCAGGAGUAUUACUCUGGCCAAAGAUUUGAAACGAUCUGAAUCUUGACAACAUCCAGUCAGGCUUAUGGAAAUUCACUUUGCCAUUUAGCGGCAAGCUGAAAGUCACACAGGCUAAUUAUAGUGUAUGCAUCAAUACAAGAUGAAGCCACAUAUAGGCUGAUGCAUGCAUGUCUUCAUCUUUCCUAAUGUUGCAGUAGCUGGUUGCCAAUUUCCUAAUUUGCCGAUUUGUAAAUUGACAGGUUUAAACUUGUGUUUUUUUUAAAUGCACCAGUACAUACAGUAACAAAGAUAGAAUACUUUUUUCCCCCUCAUUCUUAUUUCUACUGGAAAAGCAUAAUCAGAUACAAGGUAAGAGCCUCAUCAUAAACCAAGAUGGUUCAGGACUUUGUAAAGGGGAAAAUGAAUUUCUUAUUUGUAUUCAACACAGUUUUUCCAUGGAAGUAUUUAGGUGUGGUUGUUGUGUUCAAUAUGAGUGCGCACUGUUGCUGGUUUGUCUCGACACCUUGUAAAUGUUUCAGCCAUUUCAGACUUGUGUUUUUGCAUUUUCCUGUAAUUCCCUGUUGUCUUACAAUGUGCGACUGCGCAUCCAGGAAAAUGGGUACAUUUUUCAGUUGGAGAUCCACCAUCAAAUAUUUCUCACCCAAAAGCUUAAUUCUGGAUGAUGAACUGGGUAGGGUCCCUCACUGGAGAUUUAGUAACAUGAACAAAAGCACUUUUUUGAGGUUCAUUUCUUUCAGAAAGGGGUGGGUUCCUGAGCAAAAGUUGUAACUUGUAAAUGACUACCACUGUAAAUCCCUAAUUGCAGGAUAAUAAAACUAGACUCACUAAACAUCUGA